AUGUUACGAAAAAAUGGGUCGGGUCCUUUCAAGUGGUAUCAGAGUGGAGUCGAGUUCUACGACAAUCUAAGUAUGAUGGCAAAAAGUAACCAUAACACAAGAAGGACUGUGAAUGAGACCGCUGAGGGGUCUGCGAGCAACGUGGCCAGGAAUGAAGCUUGUACGGAAGAGGCUCAGAAUGCUGCUCAGAAUGCAGCGAAUUUGAACAAUGCUGCAGCGGCUGGUGGUGCUGCUGGAGCUGCUGCUGCUCCGGUUGGAUUGGAAGCCGUUUUGGCUAUCUUGGCGCAAGUCUUGGCAAGAUUGUCUGCUGCGGCGGCACCUCCAGUGACUCCACCUGUUGCGGAGGAAGUGGAGAACGUGGUGCCUGAUGGAGAAGAGGCACACGUUGUUAGGAAUCCAUCUUACCUCAAGGUUAUGGACCACAUGCAGAAACUGGGAACAAAGUUCUUUUCCGGUGGUUCCAAACCAAAGGAAGCAGACCAAUUGAUUGACAGGAUAGGGCGGAACUUUAAGUCGAUCUGUUGUCCUCUUGCUUACAAGAAGGACAUUGCUGUCCACUACUUGGACGGUGAUGCGCACCUCUGGUGGCGAGGUGUAGCGGCUCGGAUUGGUGCUGAGCAUUGCACGUGGGCCAACUUUAAGACCGAAUUCCGUGGGACGUAUUUUCCGCCGGAAGCAUUUGACCAGCUCGAGGGAGCUUUUCUCAGACUGGAACAGGGAUCUAUGACUGUUAUGGAGUAUGAAGCGGAAUUCAACAGCCUCAAGAAGUAUGCUGGGCGCGAGGCUGAGUCGGAAAUCUCCUUGGUCUGCAAAUUCAUGCGCGGACUCAAGGUUGAUCUCCGAACUCGUUGUAAGAUCCGCAACUAUGAUACUGUGGCCGAACUGGUGGAAAAGGCCGCAGAACAGGAAGCUGGAAUCAGUGAGGAAGCCAAGGUGUUUGGCACAGUGGCGCAUGUCCAUCCUGGUCGCAGUGCAUGUUCGAUUUGCGGGAAGAUGCACUCUGGUGUCUGCCGUGCUGCUACGGGAGCUUGUCACCGUUGCGGAAGUAAAGAUCACAUGGUGCGUGAUUGCCCUGAGGAAGAUCUAAGGCCGAAGAGCCAGAACAAGGGUGAUGGGGAACGUGUGUGCUACAACUGCGGCAAAACGGGACACUACAAGAAUCAGUGUCCGAAGGACGCGCAAUCUGCUGGGAAGCGUCCGAGUGAUGGGCCUCAGCCGGCGGCAAAGAGGCAGGCCAUCAUGCCGCAGGUGUACACAAUCGGUAAUGAGUCAAUGGACCCAAGCACGUCUCGUCCGAUCACUGGGACCUUAGUCAUGGGUGGAGUGGCAACCCAUGUUCUGUUUGAUUCUGGUGCAUCUCACUGCUUUGUGCAACCCGAGAUGAUUGGAAUUGGGGAAUUUCAGAAAGAACCAGAAGAAGAAGUAAGAGUGGUUCGGGCAGCUGGUGGUCAGAUCAUGUACACUUCAGGGAAAAUCCGAAACGUCUCUGUGAUGAUCGGAGGAGUGAACAUGCCAGCCGACUUGGUCGUUUGCCCAGUGAAAUCAUACGAUGUGAUCCUUGGAAUGGAUUGGCUGAGCAAAUACAAGGCACAUCUUGAUUGUCAUCGUGGCCGAGUUCAGUUUGAGAUAGGCAAUGGAAAGCUUGUCUAUCAAGGGGUCAGACCGACCAAUGGGAUCGGACCUGAUGCUGAGUUGGAAGGGAUUCCGAUUGUAAAGGAGUAUGAUGACGUGUUCGAAUCCUUGACAAGAUUACCAUCGGACCGUUCUGAUCCUUUCACAAUUGAGCUUGAGCCGGGCACAAAGCCAAUCUCGAAAGCUCCGUACCGGAUGGCUCCGACUGAAAUGACAGAACUUAAGAAACAGUUAGAUGAACUGAUGGAGAAAGGGUUUGUGUGCCCAAGCAGUUCACCUUGGGGCGCACCGGUUCUGUUCGUGAAGAAGAAAGAUGGUAGCUUCAGGCUAUGCAUUGAUUACAUGGGGAUUAACAGAGUCACAGUGAAGAACAAGUACCCUCUUCUAAGGAUUGACGAGUUAUUUGACCAACUCCGAGGUGCUACUUGUUUCUCCAAGAUUGAUUUAGCUUCGAGAUACCAUGAGAUUCCGAUUGCUGAAGAGGAUGUUCGUAAGACAACCUUCAGAUCGAGAUACGGCCACUACGAGUUUGUGGUCAUGCCCUUCGGAUUGACCAACGCCCCUGCAGCCUUUAUGAAGAUGAUGAAUAACGUUUUCAGAGACUACCUGGAUGAAUUCGUUAUGGUCUUCAUAGACGACAUCUUGAUCUACUCAAAGAAUCAGGAAGAGCACAAGGACCAUCUGAGAAUAGUUUUGGAUAAGCUGCGGGAACAUAAGUUGUUCGCCAAGCUCAGCAAAUGCAGCUUUUGGCAAAGAGAAAUUGGUUUGUUGGGUCAUGUGGUCUCGGACAAGGGAGUGUCCGUGGACCAAGAGAAGAUCAAGGCCAUUGCGGACUAG